CGAAACCGGAGCUGGAGCCUCGCGAUAUGUCUGCCAUACCCCAACACCGGUAGACCUCUGACCAGGCGUUAUUCGUUGGUUUCCCCACCACGCCAGCAGCAAAAAUGGAUUUACUCCAGAAGGAAUAUCAACGACUUUGGAAGCGAGCUCACAGCGGGAAAAGCAUCAAAGAUGUGCAGGCCACAAUUGACCUGCUCCAAGAAGCAAGAAACACCAUUGCCAAGAAUCCCAGUUCAGCGCCCAUCACUUUGGCAAAGCUACAAAAUCCCGUCAAGUCUUCCUUCGAUGCAACCAACGAGAGUCUCAAAGACGCCCAUAGCGGUCUUAACAAAUAUACCAAGGCUUUGGACAAGCUCUUUAAAGACAAGCCUCUUCCCUAUGACGCUCUUUCAGCACAGCCCGCACUGGUGAACAGAGCUAUUGCCAUGCACCUACUUCGGGAGGGCCAGUUUUCCGUCGCAUCUACAUUUUUAUCAGAAGUAGCCAAAAAUCCAACUCCCGCACAACCCGCUCCUGAGCAACCUGAUUCUGACUCUUUCGAAAUUCUCAUGGAGAUGGAGCAAAUGAAAUCGGGAGAUAUCACGAAGCAGUUUGUUCUCAUGUAUCAAAUCCUUCAUGAGUUAAAAGAAGAACGAAACUUAGUACCAGCCAUACAGUGGGCCUCUCAUCAUCGACAUCAGUUAGAAGCAAGGGGGAGCAAUCUAGAGUUUGAAUUGUGCAAGUUGCAGUUCGUGUGGUUAUUCCAUGGAGGCAAAAAUCCGCAAACACCGAUGACAGUUGGCCGGCAACUGGCCUUGCAGUAUGCCAGGAAAGAGUUCUCAGCUUUCCAGAGCAGGCACCUACCGGAAAUCCAACAAUUGAUGGGGGCUAUGGCAUUUUGCCCUAAUCUCGCAGACUCCCCGUAUAGAAACAUUUUUAACAAUCCUUCUUCCUGGGAUGAUGUAGCACGUUCCUUCACCUGCGAAUUCUGCUCUUUGCUGGGCCUAGCAGCAGAAUCUCCCCUAUACAUAGCAGCUACGGCUGGUGCGAUUGCCCUCCCUACGCUACUCAAGCUACAAACCAUUAUGAAAGAAAAACGUACGGAAUGGACAUCUCAAAACGAACUUCCAGUCGAAAUCCCCCUCCCACCAUCAUACCAAUUCCAUUCUAUCUUCGUCUGCCCCGUCUCGAAAGAGCAAACCACCGACGAAAACCCGCCCAUGAUGAUGCCCUGCGGCCACGUCAUUGCGCAAGAGUCCCUCAUGAGACUCAGCAAGGGCUCCAGAUUUAAAUGCCCGUACUGCCCGAACGAAAGCCAUCCAAAGGACGCCCAGAAAUUGUUUUUGUAGUUCCUAAAGAAAAGAAAUAACACUAACAUGACGUUGAAAUUUCCCAUUUGAUUUGGCUUUAUUAUUUUUUUAUUUUAUUUUUAUUUUAUUUCUUUUAUCUAACUUGUAUACAUCGCAUCUCCCUGGGCGUAUACGGCGUUUUUCCCUCCAACUUUGCCUAUUCAAGCUGGCUUUUACAAGUAUCCUUUGCGGUGUCACCUUUUAUAGCGGCGCAUGGAGUUGGGAGGGGGACCAGAGACCGAGUGUUAAGGGAUAGGACAAACAGUCUAUCAAAGACAGGGCAAUCUAUGCUGGCUGGAGCAAUGAAACGCAUACCAAUUAUUUUUACCACUCGUACUCACCUACCUCUCUUCACCCCCUCCCUAUUUUUUUUGGGCUUCCUUUCUUCUUCGUUUUACAAUUUUGGAAUCAAAAUGAUUUCCUUGCGUCUC